ACUCGCCCUCUUCUGCUGAACCAAAGCCUCCAAAUUCCCCAAUCCAGGCGAUCUCUAGGGCUAGACCAGCAGCUGCUGCCGCCGGCGGCCGGCCCUGCUCCCUCCGCCGCGACACCGCGCCUCGCCUACCCCGCCGGCCAGCCCGUACCCGGUAAGCCGCCCCUCCUCCGCGCCCCCAAACUCCCCACCACCCUACAAAAUUUCCCACCAUUUUCACCGCCAGCCCGUGCGCAGGAGCAGGAGCUGGAGGGAGGGAGCAGGAUCAUUUCGCAGCUGCAGCAGCUAGCUAGGUGAGGGGGGAUGGCCACCCUCGGCGCCAGCGCGAUGCCCGCGGGAUCCUCGGGCGGCGACGGCGAGGUGGAGGCAGGGUUCGCGAAGCUCCAGGGGGAGGACUUCGAGUACUACAUGCAGACCUACUCGAUCAUGCUCGGCCGCAACAGCAAGAAGUCGACGGUGGACGUGGAUCUCUCCAGCCUCGGCGGGGGCAUGAACAUCUCCCGCCACCACGCCAGGAUAUUCUACGACUUCCAGCGCCGCCGCUUCGCGCUCGAUGUGAUCGGCAAGAACGGGUGCCUUGUUGAGGGUGUCCUGCAUCUCCCCGGGAACCCGCCGGUUAAGCUCGAUUCUCAGGACCUACUUCAGAUUGGGGACAAGAAGUUUUACUUCCUGCUACCCACUCGGUCUAUCUUUGCAUCGGCUGCAGCGGCGCGGCAUGCGCCUAUCAUCCCGCCGCAGAUGCCUCCGCCGUCCUAUGUGCGAACAGGCCGCCCUCGCUUGUCCGAUUUCCAUGACCGCUCCUUUGAGGGAGACUAUGGCCGGGAGGGUGAUGACAUUGGUAAUGGUGUCAGUGAAGGUGGAAUGAGGGGGAAGUUGAUAAAGAGAAACAAGAAGCUGUCCGGGGAGUCAGAUAUCUAUGGUGGGCACCGGCAUCGGAUCAAUGCUGAAGCAAUUGGAACACUCGGUGAAGAAAGCAGAUCAGAAAUAAGAUCAAGGGGUGACAGGGAUAUGGAUAACCAACACAUCCUGCAAGCAGAGGAAAAGGAUGUAGUGUCAUCUGUUGCAACAGUGUUAUCUGACCUCUGUGGUCCUGGAGAAUGGAUGCCUAUGGCAAAACUACACACAGAGCUUCUUGAACAGUUUGGCAAUGUGUGGCACCACAGCAGGGUCCGAAAGUACCUAACACCAGAGGACUGGUCACCAACUGAAACAAAGGGUAGGCCAUGGUAUGGCCUUCUUGCGCUGCUGAGGAAGUAUCCAGAACAUUUUGUCAUCAACACAAGAUCAAAAGGCAGGGUAACAUCGGAGUUUGUCUCGCUGGUCUCUUUGCUCUCCUAGAGGUAAGUUGGAACAGUGCAUAAUCUAUUCUCACCGUUCUGGACCUGUGGAUCUUCAAUCAUAGAACUGAACUGGCCUGUUGUACCUUACCGGCCCUGUGUUUACCCCUUAGCUCUGUAAUGCCGGGAAUUACAUAGGGAAACAGGAUUUUAACUUGUGUUAGUGGCUCGGGCUAUGUCUGGCUGUUAUGUUUGAGGGGGAGAAUGUAUGUCCGUGUGUAUGUGUAGUACUGUUGAGACAACUUAUUGACUGAGUGCGAAAAUUCACAUCAUUUGGAAAAGCGGAAAAGAAA